AUGGAUUUAUUGUCGAAUCGUCGUGAUAUAUUAACUCUCAUGAACUCGACACGAAGUUUCAUCGUAGUAACAGCGCAUUUUCUUAACACAGCAAAUAACUGCACUCCUGAAUCUGAACAUGAGAUGGUGACAUUGACAGCACGAAGAAUGUAUCAGGCACACACUGCUGAUUAUAUAAAAGAAUGCUUUCAAAAUAUUACCGACGAGUUUUCAAUAGAAAAGGGUUGCAUCUUAUCAAUUACCACUGAUGGUGGUGCUAACAUGGUUGCUGCAGUGAAGAAAUUUUUGGAAGAUGGAAAAAGAAUUCCUUGCAUGGCUCAUUUGUUGAAUUUAAUAGUGGAUGGCGCAACAAGAGAUAAUGCACCAGUUCUUCAAAUUGCAAAUCGGGUCAAAGCCAUUGUAUUUCAAACAAUCAGUGAAUGCAAUGGAUGA